UAUGUUGUUUAAAUUUAGUUAGCUUGUAAAAUAGCCAUAGGUUUAUGAUACUUAACUAUUAUCUAAAAUGUAUGUAAUUUUAGUAUAUUAGAUGUCCAUUAUAGUUAAGACACAAAUAUUUAAUAUUAGAAUAGAAAAUAAGAGAGGCUAAAGAGUUGGAGCUUGAAAUCUAUAAAAUGAAAGAUGAAGAUGAAGGAUGGAAAAAAUUAAAGAUCAGUUUAGAAUUCACUCCCUAAAAUACUUUGAAUAGUAAAUUCAUAAUCAGUAUAGAAUUAGAAUGAAAUUUUAGUAAGGCAUGCUUUGGCAUGGCAUAAUUAUUUUAAAAGAGUAACAGAAUUUAAAGAUUCAAAUAUCUAUCAUUAUGAUUUGAUUGAUCCUCCUUUACAAUAUUUAGGGACAAAAUAAUGCGAUAAAUUAAAGUUAGAAAUAAAUAAAUUGGACUUUGAUAAAGUCUAUGUGUCACCAUUGUUAAGGCAUAUUAUUUGAAAGUAACUAUAGAGCAAUACAAACAACUCAACUAUUGUUUUGCAACCAUCCAUAGAAAGAGAAGAUUUAAUUUAUACUAUGUCCGGACAUAUGUGAGAAAAUAAGUACGAUAAAUUCAAUUUAUAAAUGGGGAACUCUUACAGAUAUUUUAAAAGAUGUACCCUUUCUAUAAAUUAUAUUUAGAAUGGAAAUCCAAUAAAAUUUGAUUUUAGUUAGAUGCCAGAUAAUCUUGAAUUUUGGUAAUUCAAUUUAUUACAAAAAUGUUACAAUUUAAGUGAUUGUUAACCUAAUAAGGAAGAUUAAGAAAGAUUCUUAGUUGAAGAGUUUGUUAAAAAAGGAUCAAGCUUUUAAUUAGAAUAUAGUAGGAAUGUGAUGAAUAGAGUAUAAGGAUUUGUAGAUAAAAUAAAAGAGGAUUAAACUUAAAGUAAAAUUGGUAUAGUAACUCAUUUUCAAAUUAUCAAAUCAAUAUUAUAAUGUAGCAGAUAAAGAAUAGAUUUUAAAUUCGGUAAUGGAGCUGUGUUUGGAUUAAAUUUAUGA